AUGACCCACAGCUUUAGUGUAGGAGGUGGAGGGGCCGGGGGAGGGGGAGGUGCCGGGGCUAUGAAUCGUGCCCAUUCGAGUGCUGUCGCCGGCCGAAGUCUGGUCAAGAGCAAGGAGAAGGUGGGUGCCGUGGAGGCGCGGGAGCUGACGGCAGGCAAAGAAGGCGGAGGGGUGGCGACUGCACGGGCGUUGGCCGCACCGGAGGUUCAGGACAUGACACGGCGGGUUUCGACACACUGCGGCCGACCUCUCUUCUUCCUCACCCGUACGCCGUCUAUCAACUGUCUUACAUGCAACGUCGACCUUGGAAUGAACCUUUUCCUCCGCAUCAUCCGUCGCCGCGAAGAUGGUUACCACGAGCUGGCAUCCCUCUUCCAAACUGUGGCAUUUGGAGACACACUUCUCCUCAAAGUCCUGCCUGCCAUUGCCGUGCAAGAUGAAUUCUCCUCCUCUUAUACCUCACUUGUCACGGACCAGAGCAAUUUGGUCCUCAGGGCCCUUGAUCUUUUCCGAGAGAAGACCGGCAAGACCCAGCGCUUCGAAGUUUACCUCGAAAAACGCACUCCCGUCCAAGCAGGCCUAGGCGGGGGUUCCAGCAACGCUGCCACCACUUUAUUCGCGGCCAACCAAUUGUUGGGUACCCCGGCGACGGACGAGGAGCUGAUCGAGUGGUCCAAAGAGCUGGGGUCUGACAUCACCUUCUUCCUCUCGAAAGGCACAGCCUAUUGCACUGGCCGGGGUGAGCUUCUAGAACCCGUGCCCCCCCUUCCCUCCAGCAUUAAGCUUUACGUCGUCAAACCGCCCGUGGGUCUCUCCACCCCCGCCGUCUUCAAGGCGUUGGACCUGGAUGCUCUAAAUGGGGAGGACCCUCGGGAUCUCUUGGCGGCCUUUACGCAGCACUUGAGUCGUGGCGAGCUAGGCCCUGCCUCCAUGUACAUCAAUGACCUGGAGCCUCCGGCUUUUCAGUGUGUGCCUCGUCUCAAAGCCAUCAAAGAAGCAUUGUUGGCCCGAGGGUUUGACUGUGUGAUGAUGUCUGGGAGCGGCACCGCCAUUUUUGCCAUGGCCCCUGCCCCUUCCUCCCUCCCUUCCUCGGCCGGUUUAUCUUUCGAUGCGGCAGCGUUUGCGCGGGAAAUGGAGGUGGACAUAUGGGCCACGACCUUCACGAACCGACCGUCGGAUGACCCCAAGGCCUGGUACCCAAAUCCUCACGCGUAG